GGGCGACGCCUCCCGCCCGCCCGCUCUCCCUGCGCGCCGUCUGCAGUGUGGGGCUCGGCCGGCGCCGCAGCGAUGGCUGGCGCCGAGCCGCCGAGCCGGGAGCGCGUCCUCUGCCUCUUCGACGUGGAUGGGACGCUCACGCCGGCUCGCCAGAAAAUUGAUCCUGAAGUGGACAAGUUCCUUCAGGAGCUGCGUGAGAGAGUCCAGAUCGGCGUGGUGGGAGGCUCUGACUACUCCAAGAUAGCUGAGCAGCUGGGGGAAGGGGAUGAAGUCAUCGACAAGUUUGAUUACGUCUUUGCGGAGAAUGGCACCGUGCAGUACAAGAAUGGGCAGCUGGUCGCCAAACAGGCUAUCCAGAAUCACCUGGGGGAGGAGCUUUUGCAGGAGCUGAUCAACUUCUGUCUCAAGUACAUGGCACUCCUGAAGCUGCCCAAGAAACGCGGGACCUUCAUAGAGUUCCGCAACGGAAUGCUGAACAUCUCUCCCAUUGGCCGAAGCUGCACCCUGGAGGAGCGAAUAGAAUUCUCCGAGCUGGACAAGAAAGAGAGGAUCCGUGAGAAGUUUGUGGCAGCCCUGCAGAGGGAGUUUGCUGGCAAGGGCCUACGGUUCUCUCGAGGUGGUAUGAUCAGCUUUGAUGUCUUCCCUGAGGGCUGGGACAAGCGAUACUGCCUCGACAUCCUCGACAACGAGAGGUUCGACACCAUCCACUUCUUCGGGAAUGAGACGACCCCAGGAGGGAAUGAUUAUGAGAUUUACGAUGACCCCCGGACAGUAGGACACAGCGUCCAGUCUCCCCAGGACACAGUCCGAAGGUGCUGUGAGAUCUUUUUUCCAGAGAGAGCUAAUGAAUCGUGACUUUGAUACCCCUUCUCCAGCACCCCGCCUCCCGAGAUCCCACAUCAUGAAAACCACCUUCAUUCGAGGCCUCUGUGCAGGGCCCUUUUAAGAAAGCUUUCCAGAGCUGGUUGUGAGGGAAGGAUUUAAACUGAGGUGGAGGAGGCUUUAGGGAGGGGGGUUAUUAACCUUCCACUACCCCCAGUUACAGGUGGGCUGUGUGGGACCAGGCUCCUUUCUGCUGCCAUCAGACUCUCUUCCUUUUCCAGGUGAACGUUCAGUUCUUGGUGGGAGACGGUUCCCUGCUCUGUUCAUCUGAGGCAUUUGUAGGGGCCAAUCACUACAGUCUCACUCUCUAAACAUAUUUGCACAACGGAUGCACUCCUCAUCAGUUAGCACCUUUUAAAUAGGAAGCAGGGUCUGGGACCCCCAUAAGUCAGGUGGUUCUCAGACCUCUUCACACAGCAGACCAGUCCUUAAAGGCGACCUGCAAAGGGUUUUAAAAAAUGAUCAGGGCUGUAACCCCAUGCUCUGGGUGUCCCUAGUCUUUGAUUGCCAGAAGCUGGGAGUGGGCGACAGGGGAUGGAUCACUCAAUGAUUACCUGUUCUGAUCAUUCCCUCUGAAGCAUAGGGCACUGUUCACCGUCAGAAGACCUGAUCAUGGCUAGAUGGACCAUUGGUCUGAUCCAUUAUGGCUGGUCUUAUGAGCUUGUACCCUUUUUAUAUAUAUAAACAAAAAAUAUAGAAAAAGGGUGCACUGGAUUUCUGUUUUUGUUUACACUAGAAACAUCAGGAAUGUUGUGCCUGAUCUCUUAUCUUGUUGGAGGACUUGUGGGAGGUCUGUGGGGGUUUAUUCUGCCCUUAGCACCUCAGUUGAAGAGGUUGGGAAGUGGAAACUUUAACAAAGACAUUCUUUUAACCAUUAGGCAUUGGAGUUGGAUGGGUAUUAAGUUUAUAUUUAAAAAAAAAAACAACAACAACAACAAACACCACCUCUGGCAGUUUCAGCAGUCUAAGUGUUAUCCCCUUUUCUAUCCCAAUUGCUCAAGUCUUCCUGGCUGGAGAAGCUAUGAAGUGAUGACAUCACCAGACACCCUUGGGACUGCCAGCCUAGACAAGAGCUCGAUUUCUAGUUCAAAAAACCUCACCCUUUAAAAAGCCAACCCAACCCUUUCAAGCGUUCUUUAUCCAGCUGGAAACAAAACACGUAACAGCUCUAAUUUGCCCCAUUCCCUUUUCCAGUCACCUUUAAGGAGGCAAAAAGAACAGGAGGACUUGUGGCACCUUAGAUACUAACAAAUUUAUUAGAGCAUAAGCUUUCAUGGCCACAGCCUACUUCAUUGGAUGCAUAGAAUGGAACAUAUAGUUAGAAGAUAUAGAUAUAUAUACAUACAGAGAAGGUGGAAGUUGCCGUACAAACUGUAAGAGGUUAAUUAAUUAAGAUGAGCUAUUAGCAGCGAGAGAAAAAAACCUUUUGUAGUGAUAAUCAAGAUGGCCUAUUUAGACAGUUGACAAGAAGGUGUGAGGAUACUUAACAUGGCUGCUUUCUCCAUUCAGGAGCUUAUCUGUGCAGUGAGUGCAGGGUUACACAGCUUCCCCACCCCAUGGUGCUCUGCCAGUGAUGAGCUGCCAAAAUCUUAACAACCGGUUCCCUCCUCACCCCACGAGGAGGUCAUGGCCCGCCCCCGCCCCCCGGGACUCCUGCCCCAUCCAACACCUGCAUUCCUUGAUGCUGCCCCCCCAGGACCCCGUCCCAUCCUCCCCUGUCCCCUGACUGCCCCUGGAACCGGGCAGGAGGGUCUUGUGGGCCACCAUAGUGGGUGCCCACCCCGCCUCGUCUCGCCCCUAAGAGCCAGAGGGACCUGCCGGGGGGUAAGGUGGGGCUUCCCGGCAGUGCUUACCUGGGACGGCUCCUGGGAAGCAUCCGGCAGGUCCCUCUGGCUCCUAGGGGCGGGGGAGCGUAGCUAGGUGGGGAGCAGGGGGCGCGGCUGCUCCCCCCACUGAUCACAUCAAAAGUGGCGCCUUAGGCGCUGACUCCAUGGGUGCUCCAGCCCUGGAGCACCCACAGGGAAAAUUUAGUGGGUGCAGAGCACCCACCAGCAGCUCCCCACCCCGCACCCGGCCUCAUCUCACCUCACCUCCACUCCGCCUCCUCCCCUGCACGCGUCGCCCCGCUCUGCUUCUCCGCCCCCUCCCCCAGCUUCCUGCGAAUCAGCUGUUCGCGCGGGAAGCCUGGGAGGGCUGAGAAGCAAGCGGCGGCUUUGUGCUCAGGCCCAGGGAGGUGGAGGUGAGCUGGGGCAGGGUGGGGUUACCUGCCCCCCGGGUUACCUGCUGCAGUGCGGGUGGCCCUCCUCGCGCCCCCCCCCACCCCAGCUCACCUCUGCCUCCCUGGGCCUGAGCACGAAGACGCCCCUUGCUUCUCAGCCCCCUGGCUUCCCUUGCGAACAGCUGAUUCGUGGGAAGCCAGGGGGGCAGAGAAGCACAGCAAGGUGGCGCGUAACUAAGGGGCGGAGGCGGAGUGGAGAUGAGCUGGGGCCAGGGACGGGGAGGUGAGCUGCCGGUGGGUGCUUUGCACCCACCAAAUUUUCCCUGUGGGUGCUCCAGCCCUGGAGCACCCACAGCGCCACUUUUGGCCGGUUGUUAAAUUUAGAAGCCCUUUUAGAAUCACUUGUCCCUUGCAGGACAACCAGUUCUAAAAGGGCUUCUAAAUUUAACAACUGGUUCUAGCGAACCGGCUCCAGCUCAUCACGGUGCUCUGCCCUGCACCCACUUGGGACUCGCCUGGGGUCACCUUCCCAGCGGCCCGCUACUGCAAGGUGGGCAACGCUGGCUUCCCUACUCAGCUGGGAACGCAAAGGGCCUUUCCUCAGCAGUGCUAAGCUUCACAUGGAGUUGUGUGCGCUUGGCCUUGCUGGGCUCCCACUAAUGCACAGUUCAGCACCUACCACCUGAAUAUUGCUCCUCGUGGUAGCAGAUGCAGCUCCAUGAGUCUGUUUCAGAACCACUGUAGUAGGUGAUGCCGUGCCAACCCUGGGCUACCAUUAGGCCCCCUCUCUGUUAGAACCCAAACCAUAUUAGGGGCCAGGUCAGCAUGUGGUGGGCUUCCCCCCAUGCCAGUCCACAGCAGAGGGGAGUCCAGUACACCUCGCAGCCACAGCACCAGGCUCUUCAGCUCUGGCUGUAGAGGCUCAUGGAUUUAGCUGUGGAGGCCCCUUCUCCAAACUGCACUGUUGGCCAAUGCCGGGGCUGUCACAGCCCUGCUUUUAAGGCUGUGUAAGUGGAGAGGCCGGGCUGGCUUUAAGCAGUUAGCCUGGCUGGGGUAGAGCAGAGCCCACCCUGCUACCAUCCUUGGCGAAAGCAAAGAUUGAGCCAGGCCUCCUGUUCUAGCCUUUCCUUGCCCACAGGCCCCCACCUGGCCUGGCAGCGACAGCAGUAGGGAGGCAGCACCAUGGGGGGAAGGGGAUGGGCUUGUACCAACAUUUUCAAAAGCCACCUCUGACUUUGGGGGCCUAACCCCAACCCCCCAGGCCCUGCUGUGCCAAGGGGCUGAGCGCAUGGUGUGCACCUGCUCAGUGCCUCGGAGAAGCAGGCCCCGGGUGGCUUAGCUUGGCUGCCUCCCAUUAGCACAGGCCCUGCUGUACUAGACUGAUGUGGGCAAGGGCCCAAAUGCAGGUGUGGAGGGAGGGGGCAGGACUGGGCUCCUUGGGAGGGGUUAGAGUGGGUAAGGGCCUGUGCCCUGCCUGAGCAGCAGCUUUCAGGAGCGGAAAAGCCUCGGUUUGACCACACCCCAUGGUUACAUUCCUAGGAAGCGCUUGUGUGCACCGCUUGUUCCUAGAGCCCUCCCUCAUGUAGUCACUCUUCCUGCCCCCUGGAAAUACUCACCAGGUGCUAGUUGUCAGACCCCUCCCAGGGGGCUAGAGUGGGGUCUGCAUGCCCCAGGGCACAUAGGCAGGUGAGAGGGCCACUCUGCCAGCGCUAGGAGGAGCUGGGAAGGGGAAUCCACCCAUCUGAGUCCUGACACCAUGCCCUGGUGUGGCUUGUAUCCGCACACAAGCAUGAGGAGCACCCAUCCCAGGUGUGUCACCUCUGCCCUAGCAGGGAGUGCACGGGGGGCAAUGGUGUUACAUGAGAGGGAAGAUGGGAAUAAUUGUUGGUCUAGAACAGGGGUCGGCAACCUAUGGCAUGCGUGCCAAAGACAGCACGCGAGCCGAUUUUUAAUGGCACGCUGCUGCCGGGACCCCGGCAGGCAGCAGCAUGCUAUUAAAAAUCCUGCCCGCCCCAGCCCACUCUUCUCCGCACUCCAACCCCCCGCAGGAGCAGGGUGAAGAAGCUUGGUCCUGCCAGCUGCUGCAGGGCAGGCAAGCUUCCCCCUCCCAAACCUCUUCCCCCAGUGUGCUGGGUUCCUGUCCCUCCUCCUCUCCCUCCCUGCUGCCGAUCAGCUGAUGAGGGAGGGGGAGAAACAGAGCUGCAGUGUGCUCCUUGCUCAGGGGAGGAGGCAGAGAAGAGGUGGAGAUGGGGCCUUGGGAAAGGGGGCUGGAUUCAGGGCAUAUCCCCUCCAGCCCCCUUCCGUGAGCCACUCUGGGCAGGGGGCUGGGAUCACCCCCAUGACCCUAGCCCGCACCCCCCAGCCCUCUGCCCUGAACCCUGCUGCCCCGCACGACCCUAGCCCUCUGCCCUGACUCCUGCACCCCCCACACAUACCCAGCCCCCCCACCCCAUGCUCUGACUCUUACACCCCCCACAUUCUCACCCCCACCCUGAGCACCAAACGGGAGCUCCUGCACACACACACCCCCCACAUUCCUACCUGCACCCCUCACACCAAAUGGGAGCGGCCCAGGUGAGCACUCCACACUCAAACCUCCUGCCCAAACCCUGAGCCCCCUCCCUCAUUCUAGCUCCUAGCCAGACCCUACACCCCAAACCCCAGCCUGCUCUUUCACCCCCAGCCCUGUGCUCAGUGCACUCCCACCCUCAGCUCAGUGCAGAGAGAGAGAGAGAGGAAGAGAAUGGGCUAGAACCAGGGAGAAGGUAGGUACCCACUCUAUGUGGGCAGGGCUAGGAUCCCAGACUGGCAGCGGGCUGAGCAGGUCCGGCAGCCGGGACCUUGGCUGGCAGGAGCCGGCAGACGGAACUCCAGACCGACAGUGGGCUGAGUGGCAGCGGGCUGAGCCGCUCAGCCCACUGUUGGUCUGGGGGUCUGGCUGCCGGCCCCUUGCCAGCCAGCGUCCCGGCUGCAGGCCCCGCUCAGCCCGUUGCCAGCCUAGGUGAAUAGAACCCCAGGCUGGCAGCGGGCUGAGCGGGCCAGCGGCAUAAGAUCAGCAUUUUAAUUUAAUUUUACAUGAAGCUUCUUAAACAUUUUGAAAACCUUGUUUACAUAUGACAAUAUUUUAGUUAUAUAAUAUAUACUUAUAGAGAGAGAGACCUUCUAAAAAACAUUAAAAUGUAUUACUGGCACACGAAACCUUAAAUUAAAGUGAAUAAAUGAAGACUCAGCACACCACUUCUGAAAGGUUGCUGACCCCGGUCUAGAAUUUAGCAUCUGUUUUUUUCCAUGUCUGUUUCCUAACACUGUAUUUGUAACCCUGCUGGGCAGAUCUCACUGUGACAGGUGGAGAGGGCAUGAAGUGGGAGCCCUGUCCUGUCCCUCACCCCCCCCCCACAAACACACUCCUCCUCACAACAACAGGAGACAGAGCAUUCAGUAGCCCAUGAAGGGCUACAAAACAGGGAAUAUGCCUCCUUUGCGUUAUACCUCUGACUAGCCACGAGGUGGCUGGACCUAUUAGCACUCCCCUCUGCCUUCCCCCCUGCCCUGGGAUGUAGGAGGACUCUCCUUGUACUAAAAAAAAAAAAGAGGACUUGUGGCACCUUAGAGACUAACCAAUUUAUUUGAGCAUAAGCUUUCGUGAGCAUCCGAUGAAGUGAGCUGUAGCUCACAUAAGCUUAUGCUCAAAUAAAUUGGUUAGUCUCUAAGGUGCCACAAGUACUCCUUUUCUUUUUGUGGAUACAGACUAACACGGCUGCUACUCUGAAACCUCUCUUUGUACUGUCCACAGCUUGUACUGUUGUGAUAUCUACCACGAUUAAGCAGGAAUGUGUGUAUCAGAGUUAUUGCUGUGUGUGAACAUCGAUUGAUGUGUCAGUGACCAAGGAGACAGGUGGCUCUGGUCACAUCUGCAGUAGAGCCAGGUAGCUCCUGUACAAUUGAUCCCAAGUGUUUAAAAUAAAUUUAUUUAACAAACAUUAAAAUAUUAAAUGUG